AUGGCCGGAGUCCUAGUCGUCUUUGUGACGGCCGUCUACGCCCUGCACCACCGAGCAUGCCUGCAGCGCGGACAAUCAAUCCUCAUCCACUUUGCUGCAGGUGGUGUUGGGAUUGCAGCGAUCCAGUUGGCGAAACUUGCAGGGGCUGAAGUAUUCGCUACUGUCAGAACAGACGAGAAAAAGCAGUAUCUGGUUAAUACCUUUGAGCUGGACGAGGGGCAUAUUUUCUCCUCGCAUGAUGCGGGCUUCGCAGCGGGGAUUAGGGCUGCUACAGACAAGCACGGCGUUGAUGUCGUGCUGAAUUCACUCGCUGGCGAACUCCUGCAUGAAAGCUGGGGUAGUUGUCUUGCGGACUGGGGUCGGUUCGUGGAGAUUGGGAAACGGGAUAUCCUCGACCACGGCCGGCUGGACAUGGGGGUGUUUUGGGAAGGGGACGACGUUCACGGCGUUUGA